ACCUCGAUAUCCUCCAGCAACCCAUCGGCGCCUUCUCCCAACGCAGAUCAAAACAGACAGACAGGUCAACAACCAAAUAAACAUGAAGCUCCUCGCCAUCACACUCGCAGCCCUCGUCUCUACUGUCGUGGCAUAUCCCCAAGCAACCCUCAUCGAACGCUCCGAAACUACAACCUCAGUCACCAACCCGACGCCACCUAAAGACACCCCCAUACCCAGUGAGCGUAUCGUAACAACCUACCCCUGCAAGAUCCAGGGUGCCCUCUAUUGCUGGAUUGAUGGAAAAAACAUGGGUAGCUGUAAUGCUACUGAGGGGUUCGUAACGAAUGAUUGGUUUUUGCCGGUCAAGGUGGGCGAUUGGAAAUGUACUCCUGGGCAGUACUUGGGAGUUCUGUAGUGGCAUAGGGUGCCAUGGAGGGGGGAAGGAAGGCGUUUGAUUCUUUUCUUGUACAUGUAUCUUGAGCCGCUGGAGCGGUGGAUGUUUUUGAUAUUUGGAUACGGUUCAAUAGGAUGGGUGAUAUCAUAUG